AUGAAUGAACAUGGUGCAUUGUUGAAAUCGUCCAAUGAUAGCGAACAAGUAAGUACAGCAGCAGCAAUAUCAACAUCAACAGUAACAGAUGAGGAAGAUGGCCAUCUUUCGUCAUCAGUUUUCGAUGAUAUCAAUGGUAAAUCACAUGUUGAAUUUCAAAGUGAUGCCAGAAUUGAUUCAAAACAGGAUGUGUCAUUGUUAGACAGCGAUCAACAGCGUCUGUUAUC